UUCGCACCUGAAGCGCUCGAUAUCGGUGCACGUCGGGAGACAGGGACCCGAGUUCGUCGAGAGGCUGCGCCAUUCUGUCUAAUCACUUUUGCCUGCAGAGUAGUGUGCUCGCACCACAACGUGAAAUUGCCAGCUUAGCUUCAUUGUUCGGCUCGCGCGAAAUUGAAGCCUACUGCUUUUGACCGUUCGACUUGUGUUGGAGUACCGGGGAAGCUGAUUACCAUCCAGCGGUCCCUGUCUGCACACAUGACGGAAUCAGCGGCGAGUGACGUGUUCGUCGCGGAUAGUCUCGGCAUUGCUGACAUUGCAGUGUUCUGUGUCCUGACGGCGGUAGGAUACUUCGUAGGACUCUACUUCUCCUUCAGAGGGAGCAGGCGUCAGGUUGAUGCUCGUGACAGAGGCACCCCAUCUGCGGUUCUCGAGGCCUUCCUGGGUGGUCGCAGUCUACCGGCUGCCGCUUUGGCAGUGUCUGUGCUCGCGUCAGUGGCCACCGCCGUUGGCGUUGUGAGCUUCGUAGGCCACUACUACGCGUACGGCUUCCAUCUUGACUGGGCAUUGGCUGGCAUACCACUGUCGGCGGCCAUGGUGUCGCUCGUCGUCGUCCCACUGCUUUACGAUCUGCGAGUAGCGUCUAUAUUUCAGUACCUUCGCAUGCGCUUCGACAACAAAGUUGGAAUUACUGCCUGCAUCGUCUAUUUCAUCCUCAGUCAAAGCGUAGGUGCGGUGGGAAUCUUCAGCUCGGCGAUUGCGGUGUCUACAAUGUUUCCCAUAAAAGUUGUGUACUCCAACAUCGUGAUCGGCCUGGCAGGUACCAUCUAUACUGCACUGGGAGGUCUUCGUGGAGUUGUGUGGGCGGACUGCGCGCAAGCUUUCGUCAUGUUCUUGUCACCCAUCGUCAUCAUUGCAAAAGUUCUCUACGAUUCCUCCAGUGUAACACCGCCGCUCCGUCCUAUGAGCGAUGCGAACAUCACGGACUUUGCAUUCCGCAUGAACUUGGACAUUACAACAGACGAGAACUUCUGGAGUGGAAUGGCGGGAGCAUUGCCAUUCAGCCUUGUAAGAACUGGACUCGACCAGAUGGCAGUGCAGAGGUUCAUGGCGGCCAGGACACUACGUGAUGCAAAAAGGAUAGCCCUUGCAGGUCCGCUUCUAGUGCUGCUUUUCUUCGUUCUAGGAGAGUGUACAGCCAUAGCCAUUAUGUACUGGUUCAGGGACUGCGACCCACUCAUUCGUGGCAUUAUCAAGAGCUAUGACGAGAUUGUUCCGCAUUAUAUGAUGAAGAGGCUUGCUGACUUGCCCAUGCUCAGAGGCUUGUUUUUGGCCGGACUCGUCGGGGCCUCUACAAGCACGAUUUCCUCUAUCGUGAACUCUCACGCCGCAAUAUUCUACGUCGAUGUGGUCUCCCCGUACACCAAGAUGAGUGAGAAGAAAGCCGUCAUCGUAAUGCGCCUUCUAGCUUUGACAAGCGGCAUAACUAUGACCUUGUGCGCAAUAGCUGUGCCUUACCUCGGUACCGCAGCACGGCUGUACAUGUCGUUUUAUUGCUCUGCGGCGGGACCAUUCGCUGGACUGUUCCUGCUUGCUUUGUCAUCACCAUGGGUAAACUCAAAGGGCGUGGGCAGUGCGACAAUGCUGGUCUGUUCGUUCCUGCUUUGGCAUGCUAUCGGAAGAAGCCUCUCGGAUAUAGCACCACCACCGUUGCUUCCAAAGACGCUCGACCGCUGCCCGUUGCCAUUAAACGUUAGUGACUGGACUGGAAUACCUUCAGCUGGAACUGACAUUCAGCCGGUUACAAGUUCGUCUGUGUUCCCACUGUACCUGGUGUCCUUUUACUGGAUAUCCUUCAUUGGUGCCCUAUCGACAAUCGUCUUGGGAAGUGCUGCAAGCCUCCUGACUGGUGGUCGCCAAAAUGCAAAAAGAAACCUGCGUUUGACUAGUCCAGUCUUUCUGAACUUCUGGAAGCGGUUUGAAUUUAUGCGUCGAACGUUCUUGCUGCACGAAGAAGAAAUCACAUAUGACGCUAUAAAACUGCAGCAGAGGGAUGGCCAUGAAGACGACGAGUACUCAAGCCUCGACAAAAAGCUCUCGCCGGCAUUCGAAGGACAGGACAUUUAUGGACUAUACUCAAAUGUGGUGUGCGUCAGCUAGCCAUACAAUACCUUUGUUGAAAAUUUGCGUUUAUUCAACACGGUAUUUCUUAUAACCUAAAGGCCAACCGAAAAAAUAUUCACAUUGGCUAAAUUUGUUAUAGAUGAUUAGUGUAUACCACUGAACAAAACUCGGCGAUCCACAAAACUGGUGAUUGUAUAUUUCUUUUUGUUAGCAGCCUUUACAAAGCACCUAAGCAGAUGAGACGUGCACUUGGGGGUGUCGCUAUGACGUAAGCGACAGUAAGCCGCGUCGGGAAUUUUUCAGUGCAGCGAAAACGGUCACGGGCGCAUGGAGGCCUUAUUUCUCGGUUUUGCCCGAGCGCCCUGCGCAUGCGUGAGAUGUUGAGAGGCACAUCUGGUGACUUUGGCUUCAUGAACUCUUCUGGGGCCUUUUGUAGAUGCCGCUUUAGUAUCCGCACACCAGUGAAUAAUGACACCUUGUUCCUGCAAAUUCGUUUUAUUUCAAAUAUUCGUUUACAGGUUAUACAGACGUUAUUGUUCAUACCUGAAUGGUGCCUACUCCUCACGUUGCCGAUGGCCAUGGCUACGGCAGAACGCCGAAUGCAAACUGCGAAGUGUCAAACGUUAUGCUACGUGCAGCACAGUAGAGGGCGCCAACCACUGACGGCGAGAAACGGCCGCUUCGACUUUGUAUCAGUUCUUAUGAUUACGUUCGGACAGAAUCUGAUGCAGGCGCGAGUAAAACGCGCCGUCCUCCAUAGUACCUAGGUAAACGCACAUCAGACGCCAGAUUCGGCAACGGAAAGUCCCCAGAUCUCGCAAAAGUGUCCGGCAAAAGUUCCCAGAUGCCUCUCUCGCAACUUACACGUGCGCACGGGGGUAAAAGACGUGAAAGAAGCUCUCUGGAGGGCACCGGGCGAUCGGCCUUGACCACAUAGCCUCGCCCGGAGAUCCACACACACCAAUCGGAGCACGCGGUAGUCUGAACGUCUAACGUAGAGAGAUAGAGUGCCCUAAUGCUGUCCCCCUCGCCCUCGCUACAUGCACAAAGCUUGCGAGAGGCACAGCAUGCAGAUACUCCAGGGAUAGAAGCCUUGUCGCGGCACUAUGUUUGACCGCGGUACCCAUACUACGCAAUAGUGCGGCCACCGGGUUUCCGGAGUUGACUCCGCGGGGCCACGCGUCACAGCACGCGUAUCAUCCGGCGAGUGGUAAUGGUGACGUUUCUUUCGCUUUCAACAUCGAAAGCCUCUAUAUUUGCGUUGUUUCUGUGACCUUCCCGAUGCUACGUCAAAAGUCAAAUUUUGCAAGGAGGCUCUUCCUUCUGUAGCUUAUGGUAAUCUAAGCUCGGACGUCGUUCAAUUGUUUUUCUUUUUUUGCACUUGCCAUUGAAGGGUUAUACGUGUGUGCAUAGUGCAGGCACGAAAACGCCUGGACGAAUACUUUGAAUACACUGAUGCCUUCUCUGUUUGCAACUUUGAACAGAUGGCUUUUAUCCAAAGGUUUAUUUUGUCAAUUUGGGAACAUUCAUGUCGGUACAUUUUGCUUGGCAUUACUUUCGCCGACAUGGAAACAAACUGCACCGGCACUCCAUCAUUCCAUCGUAGUGCCUUAUGUCUUUUCUGUUAGCCUCAAACCUUCGGGCGUACGUUUACAGAACCUUCUUUCACGGUGCAACAAAAUAUAUUUGUUAGACGUUCUCGUGCUUCUCUGACUAUUUACGACCAAGCCAACAAAUUUAUUUCACGAUGGAAAAAAAUGACGUCAUCGAAAGCAAAAGCCAAAACACGCAGCUUCUUCCAAAGCUAAAGAAGAAAUUGCACGUAACAACGCAAGAGGACAAAUGUGCUACGCAAGGUGCACUCUUUCCUUUUUGCAAGUGCCCGAGCCCGCGAACAUUUGCAUGAAUGGUAUGGUGGUAGCAAUAGGACAGCGUUUCAACUUGUCGUAAGCAUAUUACGUUUUGUGGGACGCAUCAGCUUGCCAGAGAGGUGUGCUGCAGCCACAACGCUAGCAGUGACAUGUUGUGGCGCAAGGUAUAUCCAAAAAGCCCACAAAGUUAAGACUGCAGUGUUCUGUCAUGUUCUACUAAACAUCAUAUGUAAAUACUGGUAAUGCUGUAAUCGCUACCAUACCGUCCUCUUAUGACGUUCGAGUAGAACACUGACUGACGCAACAGAAAAAUAUUUCAGCCUCAUAGCAGUUAGGAAAAGCCACAAGAUGUGGCUACCAGCUGUACCACUGCCAUCCAAAACUACGGUAAUCCAGUGCUCCAUAAGCGAACACAAUCCUUACGGAAAAGCUGGAGUUCCGCAUUGUAUUGUACAACACGUGUGCAUUAUCUAGAGAACACACACAGUUGGAGGUGAACGAGCAGUACUGCUUUCGCCAGCUGUAAUUUAGGCCUCCGUUAGGUUGUGGUAGCUGCAUGCUUGCCAUUAAGUCCAUAUAUAUAUAUACGAAAAGAUAGCAGCCGGCGUUGUAGGGAUCUGCAGUAUAACAUCAGCUUCACCACCAGAGGAUUGCCUACUGCGGCCUACGUAAUAGACUCAUAGACGCCAUCCCUAUGAGUUUGCAUGGCACGCAAAAGUCGCACGAAUUAACAAGCCAGAAAGUUGCUAGAGCGUGGUUUAUUGAACGGGGACAUUUUGUGAGCCCACAGUGGGCACUUAGCCUCCAUGACGUUGCACUUCUAAGCCCGCGGCAGCUGGAUCAAAUCACAGCCGCGGCAGCCUCAUCUUGAUGGCGGCGAAAUGUGAAAGCCCCUGUGUAUUGCGCAUUGGGUGUAUGUUAAAGAAGCCCACGCAAACAAAUGUAAUUUGUAGCCCUUCACUAUGGCACGCCUCAUUAUUAGAUCAUGGUUUUGGCACGUAAAAACCUUGGAUUUCAAAUUGGAUAUACAUUGUUUGCAAUGUCCAAGCAACUCUGGUCUUGUUGAAAUUGUAGACACCUGUUUAAUAGGUUACUGUUACGUGGUGUGGCUUGGAACUUCUUCAAAAUGAGCGUUACAAGAGACACGGUAAGUGUGCACGUUUGACAUAUUUUCUAGGUUUAAAAACGCUAGCUAAUACGUUGGUGGUCCCGUUGGUGCUAACUUCGUCGAUACUGAUUAAUUUUUCUCACAAUCGCAUGCCCGACCGGCAUGUAGAUGUUAUAGAUGUACAAUGUCACUUUUCCAUGAAAAAGUGUAUCGCACAUGCGUGUAUAGCGUGCGGAGCACAAUAGCCACCGUAACAGAUGUUUCUGUUCGGUGCAGAUGCUUGUCAUUAUGAACACUAGUUUCACCUGAUACAGCGUCCGGCUUACCGCUGCUUCUGCUUUAUACGUAUAAGGUACAUAUUUAGGUAGUACCUCAAUUCUUAGCAGUGGCAAGUGCCGAAACUUUAGGUAUUCAGUUAUUCCUGUCGUCAUUUCAAUCCCUAGUAACGUUGGCGGGCAAAAUUUAGCACUUUUUUUCUGGCACAUCAUCGUCUUUGUCAUCUGGUCAAGUUUGACAUUCGAGAUGAUAUCUGGCGUUUCACGUGCCGAAACCACGAUCUUUUUAUCAGUCGUUCUGUAGCAGGGGUCUCCGGAUACAUUUUGACUCCAUUGUGUUGUUUACCGUACACCCGAUGCGCCGUACGCUGGCGUUUUUGCAUGCUUGCCCUAUGGAAGUGUGGCAAGCAUGACUGGGAUGGAACCGGCAACCUAAUGCUGUGCAGUACAACGCCACUGACACUGAGAUACCGGGGUGAUGUUCGUGAGGGUCCUUUUGACGAUGCGGAAGUAGCCAGAGGUAAGGGCGUAAUGUAAAAUAGGGAUGUACACGGCAAAGCAUUUCCAAGCUCCCAAAUGUUGUCGCACAAGAACUGCGUGAUUUCAGUUGUAAUAAAGAUGUUAUAAUUUGUUCUUUU